AUGCACAAAGAGAAAGAAUCAUUGGGAGGCAUCCACAUGCCACCCGAAAUCGAAUUCUUGACAUCUCUGCGUGUCUUGUCUGUGUUCUUCAAUGCAAGUAUCAGUGUGUCAUCCUUGUUGCCAUCGAUAAUUUUGGGAAUGACCAAUCUGAGAGCUCUAGAGUUCCCAAACUGGCGAUUGGUAGGCAGUAUCCCAAGUGAGCUGGGUUCGAUGACGAACUUGAAGUCCUUGAAUCUCCGCUCCAAUAGACUGACGGGCACAAUCCCCACGGAAAUUCUAAAUGGCACCCUGGAACGCCUUGACUUAUCAUACAACCGACUAACCGGAUAUCUCCCAACUGAGAUUGGAUUGGCCACCAAAUUGACAUCGCUCGGCUUGAUCAGCAGCAAAAUCAAUGGUACUUUACCCAGCGAACUUGGACUCUUGACUGAGGCCACAAUGCUGGAGCUUGAUCAGAACCCGGCAUUGGCAGGGUCGAUCCCAUCAGAGAUCGGAUUGCUUACAAAUUUGGAACUGCUGCGACUCCUUCGCAAUGCCAUGACGGGAAGCAUUCCUACAGAGUUUGGCUCUCUGAAUCAAAUGACAAGUCUCCUGGUUGGCAAGAAUUCUCUAACCGGUCCCUUGCCCACCGAGCUCGGGGUUAUGACAAACCUCAACGGGCUAGACUUGGAACAGAAUCAUUUCACUGGGACUCUUCCAACAGAAAUGGGAUUGAUGACAGCUUGGGAAACUCCAUUUUCGAGGUUCUUAUUGUAUGGCAAUGCUUUGACCGCGUCUGUUCCAACGGAACUUGGUCUCAUGAACAACCUUACAUCUAUGAAGAUUGACAACAAUUUAUUAUCGGGACAGUUACUGAGUGAGCUGGGAUCCUUCAGCAGACUCUCCAACCUGUAUCUUUCACACAACAACUUCUCAGGGUCAGUUCCCUCUGAGUUUGGGCACUUUGCAAACCUAGCGAGGCUACAGUUGGAAGAAAUGCCCCUUCUUAGUGGAUUUCUUCCAUCAGAGCUGUCUUUGGUGACAACAUUGGGAGUUUUGAACAUCAGUGGAAGUGGCAUCGAGGGAAUCAUUCCACCUGGUCUGUGCCGACUACAGAAUUCAUCUUGUUUUUUUGGUGGUGACCCCUAUCUAGCUUCGAUCUUCCCUCACUUGUAUGGUUGCCGUCUCAGUUUUGAUUGCAAUGAGCUUCUGUGUGGAUGUGAUUGCCCUUGCUUGGAAGAAUAG